AUGUGCGGCAUUUUCUUUUCUCUAGCGAGAGCACGUGAGCUUGGCCCGGACGACCUUGUCAAGGACGAGUUGAUUGCAAGAGGGCCGGACAGCUACAAACAGUUACACAUCGCAGUCCCUGCCGCAUCCAGCGACAUAGAUCUGACAUUCGUCUCUUCUGUUCUAGCCCUGCGAGGGGAUUAUGUCCAACAGCAGCCGCUGCAGGAACCCUCUUCUGGAUCUGUCCUUUGCUGGAAUGGAGAGGCCUGGAAAGUAGAGAGGUCUGCGGUUCACGGGAACGACUCGGCACGCAUAUUCGAUCUCCUUGUCCAUGCCUCACACUCGGGUGGCUCCCAAAAUCGUCGGCAUUGUAUAGUCCAGGUUUUGUCAGCCAUAGCGGGACCCUUCGCAUUCGUCUUCUUCGAUGCGCCAAAUUCUACCGUUUAUUACGGCAGAGAUCAACUGGGACGGCGCUCACUACUUGUUGCCCGCGGCAAGGAGGACUCGCUGACGUUGUGUAGUGCUUUCACAAGUCCAUUGGCCGCAGGAGACACCGAGGUCUCCACGUCGGCCCUCCAUUUUGUUUCGCUGGAAGAUGGGCACAUCGUGCGCGGCGAGCUGCCGUGGCUUAGCGGGCGCGCCAUCUUCAAUCAGACGCAACCGCCGUAUGACAUUGAACCGAUUCCGUCUUCUACUAGUGUUAUCAAUGUUUUGCAGCAUUUAAAGAGUGCUGUGGCAACCAGGGUUAGGAACAUUCCAGUUCACUCUCCCAGACAACUGGGAUCCGAUGCUGCAAAAGUUGCAGUCCUUUUCUCUGGAGGACUAGAUUGCACAUUGCUUGCUCGUCUCAUGCAUGAAGUGCUACCCAAGGAAGAAGCAAUAGAUCUGUUGAAUGUGGCAUUCGAGAAUCCACGUUCCAUCGCUGCCAUGGCUAACGCUAUAGAAUCCGCCUACGAGGUGUGCCCGGAUCGAGUGACAGGCCGCAGCAGUUUUGCUGAGCUUUGUCAGGUAUGCCCGGGUCGACAGUGGAGGUUCGUCGCAAUCGAUAUUCCCUACACCGAAUCACAAGCCCACACAGCUACCAUACAACGACUCAUGUACCCGCACAAUACAGAAAUGGAUCUUUCCAUAGCCAUGGCACUCUACUUUGCUGCCCGCGGCACUGGAAGCUUGUCCGAACCCCCACAGCUCCCGGCUGCGGAGGCCAAGCUUGCCACCUCCUCUGCUAGAGUCCUGCUCUCUGGACUGGGCGCAGAUGAGCUAUAUGGUGGAUAUUCCCGACAUGCUGCGGCAUUCUCCCGAGGAGGGUUCACUGGCCUCGGAGACGAACUUGAGCUCGACUUUAACCGGAUCGGCACGCGUAAUCUGGGUCGCGAUGACCGUGUUAUGAGCCACUGGGGAAAAGAGGUGCGUUAUCCUUACCUCGACGAAGAUCUCGUAAAGUUUUCUUUAGCCCUUCCAGUAUGGGAAAAAUGCGGAUUUAGAGUUGGAAAGAAGAUUCCAAGACAUUAUGAACAAACGGGUCGAGUGACCCAGCCCGAAGACCUUGAGCCUGCAAAAAUGCUGUUAAGGCUGGCAGCGUGGGAAUUAGGGAUGCGCACUGUGGCCUCAGAGAGGAAGAGAGCAAUUCAGUUUGGCGCCAAAACUGCGAAGAUGGACGUCGGUAAAGGGAGGGUGAAGGGGACAGCUGUCUUGGGGGCUGCAAGAUGA